CCGAACCAGCCAGCCUUCACCCAUCCGGUUUCACCUGAACUCCAGCGCCAACCCCGCACCGUCAUCCUCAACCUCUCCACUCCAAACCCCUCGAGCUCAUGAAGUAAUCCUCAUCUCAAUCCGAAAAUACACAUUCCCUCACACCAUCAGUCGUUUCCCUCACAAGCUACAAUGCCAUCCUCAACCCACCAAGCCAAGCGGCCCUACGCCGGCACACACAGUCAACACCAGGCUUCGAUAACAUCCUACUUCCCCUCCCCCUCUGGCGCCGCUCCCGCCCCGACCACCGUCCGCAAUGCCUCUUCGCCCCCAGUCCUCCCAGCGACCGUCCAAUCCAACCUCCUCAGUGUCGGAAUGCGCGUCCGCAAAUCCGUACCCGAGGGCUACAAGACCGGCUCCUACAGCUCCUUUGCGCUGUUCUCCGACCAGGCACCUCCCACGAAGCCUCAGCAGCAGCUACAGCCGCAGCGCCGCGUGAAGCAAGUAUCAGGCAGUGCAGCGAGGGAGCUCGCGCCAUUCUGCGGGAUAAUGAAAGUUGGCGGGCUGGCAGUUCAGGCUCCACAAGCAGAUGAGGAGUACAUGGAUGACGAGGACGAGGUUCUGGACGAAGAUGACGUCCCGGGUAUGAGCUCGCAGGGCUCAACGCUGAGUGCUUACUCCACUACCACGCAUAAACGCCGUCUCUCGGCUUCUUCGGUAGGCUCUGAUGAUGAGGGGGGAGCGCCGUAUAGCUGGGCCGACAUGGGGAUCAGUCCUAAGUCGCAGGCUCCGCAGCAGGGUCAGGCUUGGGCUGUCGCGGGGAACCGUGCGAUGGCGCUGCCGAGGAGGAUGAAGAAGGCUGGUGCCGGGGGAGCGAUGGGAGGGCAGGAGAAUGGGGUUGACUUUGAGGAGGCUGGGUUCUUGGAUUAUGCGGCGCUGGGGGAGGUGGAUAUGGGGGGAUUGUGAUAUGUACAGUAUUGUGUGAGUGGGAUGGGAUGGGAUGGGAUGGGAUGGGCCUGGCGAAGCUUAUGGCUGGGUGGGGGGAUAAUGUAUGUUAUUGGGCAGCGGUUUCGGUGUUAUGAGCAAAAGGCGUUUACAGAGCGGGAUUUUAGCAAAGAUGCUUAGAUUAAUUUAUGGAAACACUUCCUCGAAGAAUGGGUAUUGUGUCUUGCUCAUCGCUUUGUGUUUAGGCUAUCAAUGUUUUGUUUCUCAAGCUUAGUGGGCAUCCAGGAACAUAUUUGGGAU